AUGCCGGAUGUCAAAAGUACAUUAGCCGCCCUCAAGAGGGCAGCUCCGAAAGUCAAGGUCGAGAAGGAGAUCACGGAUACUCUCGAGCGUAUAUCGGGUUCCCUUUCCUUACUCUCCUCGACCUCGCUCUCAGCUCGUGAUUCGGACAACUUGGCAACAAGAUUCAGAAGACCACUGGUUUCGCUUUACGAAAGCCUCCCAGUCCCCUCAUUGAACUUUGCAGUUGCCAUAUUCAACGAUAUAUGUACCAAGAAGGUUCUCCCACUCAUCAAAGCGGGCGAUGUCGAGAAGAGUAGGCGAUGGGAGUCAGUUGCCAGUGCAAUAUUGUCUGGAGUGCUGGACUACUUGGACAACCAUACAGAAGGUGCAGUGCCUUCUCUCAGUUUGCUCCUGGCUGGUCGAAAAUACAAUCGCUCUCCAGAUAAGACAAAGGAUGUCAUUGCCACAGCGUUCUACUCUGCAAUAUGCGAGGUCUGCCUCCCAAGGGACGCCUCCACUGUUUCAGGCUUGUCUACCAUACUCAGGACUACCGCUUACAUGGUUCUGUCCGACACAGCUGCCUCGUUUCCCAAGAAUCAAGAUAAACUUAGAACAGUCAGAGUUUUGGGCGGCAAGCGGCUAGGUGCCGUACUGUAUCAAACCAAAGACUACCUAGUGUUGGAGAACUUGUUAACCUUGUUGGGUCGGAUCGUGCCCGCCAAUACCGGAGCCGUGACCAAAAAUCCCAAGAGAGCUGAGUUUCUGCGUCAGGUAUUCGUCUCACCAUGUGCCCAAGGAAAACAGGAUAUGGCCAAGGAACUCGUCGGUAUCAUGGAGAACGCACCGGCCACUGAUUGGGACAAUACUGUGAUGACGAUAGCGGAGGUCCUCGCACAGGCUGACAUAUCAUAUCCUCAACCCUUCGAAUUAGACGUCGUCCAUGCUUGCGGGACGGCCUUUCCCCAGCCAGCACCAUCUGACCGGCUUUAUAUUGAUAGGAGUUCAUUCUUUGCCAAUGUCGCCAAUGAGGAAGAUGCGUAUGAGACGAUGCAGGUGCCGUAUGCAUCUGUGCUUGAAGUAUCUACAGCACCGGCCACAGACCGUGCUACGACGACCGUGAUGGUGGGGUUAUCGGUAGUCCCUACCGUCGCUGAGGAGCCGAUGAAGAUAUCUGGUGAUGCGCCCCUUACUUUAGUCUUUGACAUCAAGAAUUCCGACCAUGAUAGGUUCAUCCGAGCCAUUGAAAGCCGAGGUCUUAAAGCUCGGGCGGUAGCCAUUACACGGCCAUCGAAGCCCACUCGUAUAUCCCUCACUCAAACGUCGGCCCUCCUAGAUUUCACUUCAAAGGGUGAACCUGUAAAAGAUCGUCCAAAUUUCCAGGAUAAGGUUAAGGCAGUAGAGCAGCUGUACAAGACAAACGAACCCAGUGAUGAUACUGGAAUGAGUGACCGUGGCGCGCUUCACUUCGAAGAUCUUAUCGAUUAUCCGACGACGCCUCCGAAUGUUACCGUGGGCGAAACUCAGGCACAAUCGCUCGACUCCCUUGCUGAGCAGGAACCGCUCGCGCUCCCUGCCCAUGAUGUUCCGCCUGCGAAAGCAAGCAUUGGCGUCCGUCGCAGCGGUGGCACUAUCUUAGCCCCGACUGCGCCUCCCACUCCUGUCUCGAACCCUCAAAGGUCGACGGUACCCCUUUCCGGGGUGGAACGGACCGACACUCAGAUUCUUCGGGACACCGUAUUUGGCACCAGUGAAGAUGACCUCUCUGACGUCUCUGAUGCUGGCGAUAAUACUCCAAAGAAUCUCGCCUCCCGCCGGCUAAGGAAUCGUUCUUCAAGGUCUGGAGAGGGUGGCCACGAACCGACUGCUCAUAUCUCGCCGCAAACUGAGAAUGCCAAACCACCCGUUAAAACAGUUCGGAAAGGUAGGAUGAUCCUGGAAUCUGACGAUGACGACGACAUCGGCGUCGUUGCUCCCGUACCCAAGGCGCCUAUGAAAAAGAAAAGAGCCGUGGAUCAAGAGAGUGACAUCGAGAAUGCUACGCAGGGAAGUCAGGAGCAGAAGAACUUUUCGCACUCGAUGCAAUCGGGAUCACCGAAGCCUCCCACAAAGACCAGGGCAGCCACAAGGGCCUCCAAGGAACUAAUGCAGAUUGGGUGCUCUCCCCUGGUUUCUCGUCUCCUGGCUAACCGAGUUGUUUCGCAAAAUCGCGAAAACGGAGUCGAUACUGUUCUAUCCACCAUACCAGCAUCCAGGCUCUCCGAUCGCGUGGAUCUUGUAAAGAAGGCUCUGGACAACGGCACGACCGCUACUGGCUACUCUACCAGGGCUAAUGUAAAAACUGAAAUUUCUUCGAAGGCUAACCACGUCCCUGCGGCGGCUCCUACAUCCAACCAGGCUGCUGACGGCGCUCACAUUGUGCAUGAAAGCAAGAGCAAGAGCAGGAAGAGGAAGGCGGCAGAAGCUUGUAAUGAAAAGGGACUGGAUGACAAAGAAUCUGUCAAGCGGUCCCGCCUGGAAUCCGUCGAGUCAGACCGCAGACUCUCCAAUCGACAACUACACGUUUCAAGAAAGCCUAAGAAGACAGGAGGGCUGCCCGCGAGGAAAUACGGUAACCGAGGGAAAGGAAACAAAGUGUCUUCGCCUCCAAGAUCUGCCUCGGCUAUCAAUUUCGACGCCGUUCCUGGUAUCUCGUCGGACCCUAUUGAGAUGGACUCUUCCUCCCCUCUGUCUCAGCGCGCUGCUCAGAAGAAUGCGAAGUUUGCACAGGCACGUCCGGCCGUCGCCCAGUCCGGCAGGACCACUCGAGCAGGAGCUAUGAGAGACAGGGCCAAUAAAGCUCAUGAGCCGGAGGCCGCAGAAGCCAAGAAGGCUAAACCUACCGGUCGAAAGAAACGCGCGACAAGUCCUGCGGAGGUCGUGCCGGUCCUGGAUGAUAACAAUCCAGCGCUUGUAUUUCCCUUGGAUCCUGCUGCUGCGCCUAAGGAAACCCCGAAGAAACCGAAAGUUGCUCGGACAGUAAAGGUGACCGAGGUUACGUCCGAGGUCGAGACAAUCAACCGAUCCAAGAAACCUAAGAAAGCGCCCUGGGAGACCGAGGAGUUCUCGGACAUGGUGAAGCAGCUGCAAAGCUCGUCUCCCUCUCGUCGCAAGAUCGUUGAAUCCGCAGAGCCCAGAGCCGCCGAGAUAUCAGACGAUAUUCCAGAGAUUACUAUGGACUUCCCGUUCGUAGAACCUGCCGACGCUCCUGGUACACCGGUCCCGCGACCGCAGGUCGUAUCAGUGGAAGUUCCCGGAGAACAGACGGGCGAAAUGCCCACCAUAGGCGACGUCGCAGCAGUCGAGCUAUCUGCAAGCCCCGGGUUAGAAGCGGCCGCGCCGAGUACCGCAACAGCGAAAUGUUCCCCACCCGUGGACCCAAAGGACAAAGACGUGCACUCCCUCAAGAUAAAAAUCCGGAAUACGAGGGUGGCAGAGAUUGUCGUUCCUCGUGUCGAGGAUGUGGAGAUGAUAGACCUGACAGCUGAUUCACCCGUCAAGAAGUCGGUGGUAGCCAAAAACAAGAACGUCGUCAUUCCGAAGGUCGUCUCUGCUCCUCCCAAUCAAGUUGUUGAAGCCGCUCCCAUGGAGCCUGAGGUACCGAGUCCGAGGACCGCUUCCCCAGCGCAUGUCGAGGAAAAGACGCCGCACUUCCCCGGCAGUCCCAUGGAGCACACUGCGGUCGAAGAGAGCCCACCGCCUCCCAGGAGUAGAGUCACACAGUACAUCCCAGUUGACUUUUUGCCGGAGAAAGACGCGGCCUCGAGGAAGGCGCCAAGCGGUAAAGUUCGUAACAGGGUAACGUUUGCACCGGAGGUCAGGGAGAGCCCGGUUACGCCAGUCGGUUUGACGAAAGGAUUCCUGGGGACCAGGGUUGGUGCAGGCGGUCUUGCUGGGUCGAAGAAGCCCGUACUCAGGCGGUCAGUGGCGGAAGAGGCAGAGGACAGAAGUUACACUCAGCGCAAGCAGAGAGAACCAGGGAUGGACGCUAUUGUGGAGGUGCUGAGUGAAAUACAGGAGGUCAUCGUACAGAAGAUAUCGAACAAGGUAGAGGGGGUGAGGAGCGACGUCCGCGUGGGACGGAAGGCGCUACUGCAGGAUGCCGCGGCCGACCUGCAACUCAUGCGGAAUCAGAGUGUUCUCCACUUCAACCACUUGAUUGACCUGGAAAGCGAGUACGCGAGUUAUGCAAGGAAGAUGAAUGGGAAAUGGGAGGAAAUGCUCAAGGUGGACACGGAGAUCAACGCGCAGCUGCGUAGGGCGAUCCAGGACCAUGACCGCAAGAGUCUCGUGAAGAAGAUGCCGAAGAGGUUGUUCGUUGACCCGAUGCCUGCUACUUGCCAGAAGUUCCGCACCUAGUCCGCUGUCGCCCGAAGGCGUUCGUAAGAAAGUUAACGCGGUGGUCUGUGCCGCU